UCCAAUCCACUGCAAUGAUCGAUUUCUCAUAUCAAAACCCUUCCACAUCUCACAAUCAUACUGUCAUUCCACCAGUCGUUGUCAAUUCCAGAAAACGUUCUCAUCCAGUCGACAAAUCAAAUGCACCUCGCCCAUACGCAUGUCCAAUGUGCGAUAAAGCAUUUUUCCGAUUAGAACAUCAGACUCGUCAUAUACGCACUCAUACCGGCGAGAAACCACAUAGAUGCGACUUUCCCGGAUGCGAGAAACGAUUCUCACGCAGCGACGAACUAACCCGUCAUCGCCGUAUCCAUAAUAACACCAACAGAAGAGACAGACGCAAGAAUAAAUUGGAGUUGGAAUUUAAAAAUAUUCCCCAAUCUACUCCUCUUUAUAAUGGUGCAACCACUGCAGACUAUCCUCCAAUCACUCAAUUGGCUUUACCUUCACCACCAUUUGGCAGAUGCAAUAAUUGCGUUACAUCAUCUCGACUUAUCGAACAUCCCAGAAAACGUGUUCGCCGCAACAGUAAUAAUAUGAUGCCCAGUCCUCCAUUAUCUGCCACGUCGGCUGAUUCAACCUAUUGUCUAUACACCGACGGCUGCUGUUCUGACACCGAGGCUGAUCUUCCGCCAACCCCCGAGAUGAGUCCUAUUCUUGGCCCUCACGUCAACAACCAAGUUAAUCUCUUAGGAGUCGAUUGGAAGCCAUUCAAUUUUUCAUUGGCGUCUGUUGGGAGCACUGCACCUGCUGUUAAUCGGAUUAGUGAUAUUGUUAAUGCUCCAUUGACACCUAAUGUCAGAACACUGCCUCCUUUGACAGCGAGCACUGGGAAUAUUGGACAGAGUGGAAAUGGUUUUUUUUAUCAGAGUGAUUAUGGAGUGGCUUUACCUCCAAUGAGGUAUUAA